AGAACAGGUGUAAUAUGCUUUUGCAGAAAUUGUGGUUAAGAAGAACACCAAGAAAACAAGAUAUUGACAUGCUUCAGUGAAAUAAAGGAACAUGGCUUUACUGUAUUGCUAAAAACAGUAUAUAAGGGGCUUUGGGGAAAGGGAAAGGGAAUGGGGGUUGGAUUUGACAUUGCAAUGGAAGAGGCGGACGCGAUAGGUGUAAACUUCGCACGCCCCUUUCUUAGUGGGCGGCGAAGGAGGGACUUGCGCUCAGGAAAAGGAGUUUAUAUAUAUUCAUGAAUAUAUAUAUAUAUAUAUUCAUGUUUUGGUGUGUGCCUGCUUUUUCAGGUCAUCCACCUUCAAAUGUGUAUUUUCAAUAAAAUACUGCUGCUUCAUCAACUCUGCCCAGACUUUAUUUCAGAAGGGAUCCUAGGAUUUAAGUCCUGGGGGACCAGUAUUUAUAUCUUACAUCCCCCUCCACUUUUAACAUGCUUUAUUGACAGGAUGCUGCAUGGGUUCCACAUUAGAGCAAUACUUUCAUUAGGGCCAACAUGCUUUUCUAAAAAAUAAAAAAGCGUCCGGUUUCGAGUUUCGUCAGAACUAUUCAUCAUGAUAAACGAGGAAGAGUAUCUCAGCUGUUUCAUUUUAUUGUUUUAAUCCCCGUCCAGAGAAGUCUACUACCGAACAGCAUUGCAAUAAAAAAUAAAUACGCUUUCACUUUUCCUGCUGGACUUUUUUUGCGAUGCUCCCCACAACUGCUUCGAACAAUUUUAAAAAAUAUUACUGUUACUGUACAGUACUGUGUUUUAUUGUAAUUUCUGCCCGCUAGAGGCGCUUUCCCCGCGGCGGCCUCCCUAAUACGUCUCAGCCUCCAAGGGGCGGGGGCGGAGGAGAGGGGCGGAGCCACGGCCUGUCGCAGCUUAACACGCCGCCGGGGCCGACCUCCUCUUACGCAACCGGGCAGCUGAAGCCAGGAAAGGGAGCUGGCGAGGAGGCGGGCCCGACGCGUGCUUUUUGUUUAAACCCUCCAAUGGGCGCAGGCCGUCGGGAGAGAUUGACGGCGCGGGUCAGGUGCGGCUCUUGCCAAUAAGCUCCCGCUGCUGGGAUUUGACAGACGCACGCACACAAAACCCGGGCCAUAUUGUCGCCGUGCGGCUUCUCUUUAGCGCUCGGAGCAGGCGGGACCGGCGGCGGCAGCAGCUCCUGAGGAUUAACUUAAUUAAUUGCAAAAAAAGGAUCCAGCAAGCUGACCUCGCGCGCAUCCCCGCGAGGCAAAAGGGCUCUUGAGGGUUUGGGGUUUAUUUCCCAUCCUUAUUGUUGUCGGCAUCUCGGGCGCUUUGCGGGAUAAGUUUGUGCGCUUCAGGAGGAAUCCCGGCUUGGAGAGGCAGAGGACAAGAGAAGAGCGGAGAAGAAAAAAGGUGGCGCCCUUUUGUUUCGUCUUGUUUUUUCCUCUGCCCCAGAGUCAAGCUCCCCUUGUGCUGCUGCCCCGAGUCCUCCCCGCCCCAUUCCCCAGAAGUCACCCCAGGCGAGCCCCCCUCGCGCUCAGCCGCCCUGCCUUGAUUCCUUUCCCUGGCCCGGAACAAAGCGCCACUUCUUCUCCUUCUCUGCCGCCUCUUUUAAUGUCCCCCGUUUAAACAACAAUAUGAAAAGACGCUCCGAAUUGUCUCUCCGUUUAUCUCUCGGCUUAUCCCCCCCCCCCCCCGCCCCGUCCUUGCAAGGAGCAGCGACGACCCGCCUCGCGCAUGCUGCUUUUGUUGUUGUCCUCGCGAGGCACUGGCAGCUGCGGCAGAUCGGAGGGACUUUUCCUUGGCAGGGAGACGCGUUGAGGAGGGGGAAAGAGGGGAGCGGCCCCAUCCCGGGAAUGUUUUGCUUGGGUGUAACGCUCCUCGAGUUCGCUGGGACUUUCUCUUGGAAGACAGGGGCCGCCGCCGGAGGAGGGUGUUGCAGGGAGCAACGCGAAGCGGGUAGGGAAAUAGGGAGCAGGGUGGGACUUCCUGAGGACGCGCUCCCUCCGCCCUCCCCGCGUGGCCGGCGGCUGCGGGUAACUCAGGACGCUUCAUUCGACUGUUUUUAUUUCCCCCCUCAGAUCUGCUCCCGGGUCCCGCUCGCUCUUUUACUGUUUGUAAUUGGCUUUGAGUGGUCCCUUCAGAAACCGUUAGCCCUGCGACCGGUAACUUGCAAAGGCAGCCCUUGCCAACCUGGUGCCCGCGCUCCAUAAAGUUCAGGACUACAACUCCUAUCGCCCCUGACUAUUGGCCGUGCUGGCAGGGGCUGAAGGGAAUAAUAAUAAUAAUAAUUUUAUUUAUACCCCGCCUAUCUGUCUGAAUUUUCCCAGCCACUCUGGGUGGCUCCCUACAGACUAUUAAUAUUAAUAACAAUAAAGCGAUAAAACAUCAAUCAUUAAAAACUUCCCUAAACAGAGCUGCCUUUAGAUGUCUUCUAAAAGUUGAUAGUUGUUUAUUUUCUUGACAUCUGAUGGGAGGGCGUCUGAGGGCACUCAGUCCACAAGCGAGAGAGUUGUUGCUAGUGAUGAAUUUUAAAGGGGGUGGAGAGGGAGGUUCAUACCCACUUGAAAGCCCGACGUCAGUAGUGAGGGGGGAAAACAGAACUUUUUUGAAGAGUGUUUUUAUUCAUUAUAUUUGCUACUCCACCCCUUCCCCAUACAGAACUUGUGAGGGUAAAAUGGCACCCUGAGUUCUGUUGUGGUAGGUUGGACUGGAAGAGUGAAGUGACUGGCCCAAGGCCACCCAGGUAACUUCAUGACAGGAUUUGAACACAAUCCUGGCCGCUACCACUAGUCCUUGUCCAACCAUGAUGGGGAAGCGGAUGACAAUGGGCAUUUUUGGACUUCAGUUCCUGUCAAGACAGCCAGUGUGUUGUAGUGGUUACAGGGUCAAACUAGGCUGAGAAGUAGAUUAGGCUGAGAGGCAGUGAUGGGCCCAAGGUCACCCAGUGAGCUUCAUGGCCUAGUGGGGGUUUGAACCCUGGUCUCCCAGGUCCUUGUCUGACACGCUCACUGCUGUACUGUACUGACAGCCUUUGCUAUUAUACUUUGUUCAGUGGCUUCUGCACAUGUUCCAAGGUUAGAGAGUCAGCCUUUACAUUGGGAGCAAGUUUCAGGACUUGUUCUUUCUUCUUGCCCUUGCAAAAACCUGAACUGGGCCCGGAAAGGACUCCCUUUCCCCCAGAUGUCUCAGUCAUUCUCCUUACUGGGGAGGGUGGGGGUGAAACUUGGUAAGAAAGGAAGGAGCAAGGCAAUUUGGCACAUGCAUAGGAAGUAACUUGACAGAGGUCCCUUAUAAUCUGCUGCUUUCCCCCCUUCCUGUUCUGAAAGGAGGCCAAAACUGAUCCCUGGAGUUAGCAUACAUGCUUUCUAUUGUAUCCCCCCAGGGAUAAGUGCUGUUUCCUAAUAGCACUGAACAGAUGCCUUUGUACUUUUCUUUUGCUCUUUGGGAUUUGAUGUAAAUGCCUCUUUACUUUGCGCCCACAUGGAGUGGGGAGGAGUCUCUUGUGGGCUGCUGUAAAAUGAUGGAAAGGGGUGUGUGGAGCAUAAUAAGCCCUGUUUGCAGUAUAGUUCUAGGCAAGUACAGGAACAGCUUGAGAAUCCUGCUUCUGUGGAGGGAAGGGAUUUAUUUUUAAUUUUUUUACAAGGAUCCAGGGAAAGGGAUCUUCUGCAGGCAAGCAUGUGAACUGUCAGGACGCCGUUUUGCCAAUGUAGCCCUGAAGAGAAUUGGCCGCAUCUCCCAGAAUAGCUGUGGUGCAGGAUUACAAACACAGGCUGGCAUAACAUGAUCGAGAUUUGACUGGUUUUGUUUUUGAAGUUUCAUAAGUGGUUGCCUAUGAACAGCCUGGUGACUGCUUGCUUGUUGCUGUGAUUGUAGAGAGCCAGGGAGGCAGACUUUAUAACCGUAUAAGGGGUGGAUAUUUGAGCAGAGUCAGGCUAGGUUUCUGCUGUUCGGACUGUUUUGCAUCUUGGCAGGCAAAUCUGCAGGGCGGCUGCCUGGUGGUGUAUAAAUACAGCCGCUGCCAGAGGGUCACCUAAAUGAGCCUGACUUAAGUCUGAGAUGGCUCUCUCCUUGGCUGGCCUGGGACAUGUGUUCUUUUCUUGGCCAAGAGCUCUGCAGCUCCCUGCCAAGUUUUGGCUCCUGGUGCUCUGAAAAGGAGCAUGUGAUUCAUAUGUCUGCUGGUUAGAAAGUUGAGCUCACGUGCUCAGGCCAGCCAGACGGAGGCUCUAGUGAAGGGGCCUGUAAGGUAGCAGGAACUUCUAAAUCUCAGGUCGCAGUUCCUCCUGCUGGACAAGUAGCAAUGCCCCUAAUCCUCCUGUUUCAAGUAGAAUUAGUAGAUCUGCAUCAGUUACCCUUUUACGAGUGUUUUCAGAUGAGCUGUUUGUGGAGCAUUCGUUCUGAUCCGCUUGGAUGGCGGUCAGAUGACAUUUUGUCAAAGCAAGUGUUAGCCCAGUGCAUUUUUCCAUUGCUUUCCUUAUCACAAAAGGUCUGAUUUGGGGGAGGAAAUGGGUUUGUUGUGCGAAACCUCCCACACAUACCAUCCUAAACUUGUUAGUAUGUGGUUGAAUCCCAAAUGUUUUUGUCUGGAAUGUGGCCAUGAACUCUGAUAUUGCCACUUGCUCAACUGAGUGGAAGCUAGAGAGGGUUCUCUGAGUGUGUAGAAACUAGCCUACUGUCCGAACAUAAAUUUUUCAUUGAGUUAUUCAGCCCGCUUUUGCCUCUGGCCCCACCCACCACUGGCAUAUGGUCCUUGGAAGGUUGCCCAGAAGGAAAAGUGGCCCUUGGCCUGAAAAGCUUUCCCAUCCCUGAUCUAGAUGACCCCAAGGUCUUUCCAACCCUGUGAUCCAUCAGGGUGGCUGUUAUAUUCUUGCUAUACCUCUAAAACUUACGCUGUCAUGCCAAGGACAAGACUCCUGCCCUGGACCCCAGACUAGCUCAGCAUGAGCCUGAUCCUGGGAUCUGUAUAUUUUCAGGAGUGCUGGGAAUUGUAGCUCUGUAAGGCUUAACUGCAUUUCCCAAGUUUAUUUGGGGGAAGCUGUGUGUUUUAAUUGCACAGGGCGAAAUGUCACUGUGGCUGUCCCAGCUGCUGAGUUUGUGGACCUUAUGCUCUCUUCUCUCUAUUGCUUCCCCAGGUAUCUUGACAAAGGUCUGGUGGUUUUCCUUUGACCAUGUCCCGACGAAGCCAGCGCCUUGGAACUGUUCGUUAUUACCAAAAUGAAGAUGAUGACAACAGCAGUAAUAGUGGAGGGAGUUCAUUGCUGGGUAGUCAGCACAUCUUAUUUAAAGACGGCUCCGAUAGGUAAGUCAGAACAAAGCAAAAGGGAACCCACACCUUUCCCUCCCUCCUAAAUGUUGAUACACUGCCAAGUUUCUCUGCAGCUCAUUAUAAAACAUUAGCUUGUUAUUGCUGCCUUUCACAUCCAAGGGUUGCAAGUGAUAUGUAACUGGCAUGAGCUGGGGAUAGGAAGAGGCAUUUUGUGUUGUGGGAGAAACUCAUAGCAGCUUGCAUAGUGCAAUCCAAAUUCACAAAUUAGAUAGAUAGAUAUUGCAUUUUGAAAAAUCACAUUUUGCUUUUAGACAUUUGGUUGAGAAUUUUCAGCACUGAAAAUUGUAUUCGGACCUCAAACUGGAAUUCAGAUUUAUAGAGCUGAAGCAUGGUUGAAUUUCAAAUCUGAGCACUGCUGUAUUUUUAGGAAUUUUAUUGUUAAUAUCAAGCAGGGCCCAAACAGGUUUAACUGCAAUAUUAAUCAUAGCUAUAUUGCCUGGAGCUCUGACUCUGCAUCCUUCAAAGUGGUUCUUAGAAGACUCUCAACUUGAUUCUCUUCCUACGCAGAAUUCCCGUAUAAUUCUUGCCACAUUCUCCCACAUCUGACUUGUGAUAACCCUCCCUGUUUCCACAGUUUUUUUCCCAAGCAGCAAUAUAGCCACACCUUGUCUGAUGCACAGCACAUUACUUGAUUAGAGGAGAAAGGAAGGGUUGCAGUAGAGGAGAAGUAAUUUUUCUAGUUCUUCAGCUUUGCUGGAUGUGACAUUUCCAAAGUUACAAAUCGUAUUUAUUACAGAGGUCUUAAGGCCCUUCAAUGUGUUAUUAAAAAUUAAGUGUAGCACUAGAGUUCAUCCUAGCCUUUUAAAGAAUGUACGGUGCAGCAGUCAGUUGGCACAAAUAGGUGGUUAUGCUGUGGGAAACUUACGUUGCUUUGAAAGAAAAUAAAACUUGACAGGGCCCAUUUUCAAAACCUGCUUUAUAUGUUUCACUUUUAGAAAGUAGCAGUAGCUUAGCACUACAAUGGCACAGCAUGGGGAAAAUAUUUAUUUAUUUAUUUAUUUAUACAUGUAUACAUACAUACAUACAUACAUACAUACAAACAUACCCUGCCUUUUUUCCUUGAUAGGACUCAAGGUGGCUUAGUUAAAAGCAAGAGCCACAGAAAACAUCCACAAAAUGCACCAUGAAAAAAAGAGAAACCUAUCCUCUUUAAAAUGGAAAAAAGUUAUUGCUUGUUACAGCUAGGGAGUUCAGUCGCUUGUCAGCCAUUACUGAUGUCACAUGGGCUGGCCACUACAAGUGCCCACUGUAAUUGCAUUUAUUUAUCCACCUUUCCUUCAUGAAGGUCAAGGUGGUAUACAUUGCUCUCCUCCUCUCCAUGUUAUCCUUACAACAACCCUGUGAGGUAGGUUAGGCUGAGAGAUGGUUUCCAAGGUCACCCAGAGAAGGUUCACGGCUGAGGGAGGAUUUGAACCAGAGCCUAGUCCCACACUCUCACCACUGCACCACACCUGUCACCAUCUGAAGUGGCCUCUAUUUGCUGGUUGUAACAUUUUUACUGGUCCUCUGUACUUAGGAGGAGGAGGAAAGGUGAAAUAACUGGCUGACAUAUGCAAUGACACAUCCUGCGCUCUCUCUCUCUUGAAGUUUGAGUCCAAAAAAAGGUCAGGGCCACAGGUUCCCCAUGGCCAAAGAAGUUCAGUUUACAAAAAAGGCUGAGGGUGAGGGGAAGCUGUGCUCCUUGUUUUUCAGGCAAAUGGCUUGUCAGGAUUUUUCUCUUCCCCCUCACCCCUGGCCCAGUCAGUUGGCAACCCCAUUUUCCAUCUAGGAGUAGCUAUUGCCUGACUCCUGAGGCGGGGAGGGGGGGUAAUGCAUUCAUGUGCUGCUUGUGAGCUUCCCAGAGGCAUCUAGUUGGCCAUUGUGGGGAAAGGAUGCUGGACUAGGUGGGGCUUUGGCCUAGUCCAGCAGGGCUCUUCCAUUCCUCUUUCCUUCCUGUUCCACCACGAGCAGCUGCUAGACGCUAAGCCAUCCAGGAAAACCGCAGCUGCUGCAGAGGAAGCAGGCAGGAAGUAAGAGGUGGGAGAAAGAGCAACCAGAGCAGUCUAUUUGUGUGCUGAGCACAUCUUCUCUCGCUUUGCAGAAGAUCCGUAGGCAGCUAAGAAAUGUUGUCAUCUGCCUCUGCUCCCCCCCAACUUUUAAAAAUCAUUUUUUAAAUAGGCCAGGCAGAAAUAGCUGCUUGUGCUAUUUAAAAAUGCACUCAGCAGCAAAGUUGUAUAUCUCUGUAUUACCCUGGGCAUUUCUCCUAAUUCUGCAUGAAAAAACCAUGUUCUGGUUUCUUCCUGUAAUGGAAACACAUUGUUGAUCCCUCAGUGGCUAUUUCCUGAGCCGUCACACCUAAUCUACAGACAAAGAGGUGAGACUGGAAGUAUCUAUCAUACCACAGCAAAUAUGAGCCACUGGUUUGGUGAGGUUAUUAUUGAAAUUUUAAAGUGCGGGUGGGCAACCUGUGGCCUCAAUAUCAAUUUUGUGGCUCCUGAAAUUGCCUCAUUCUUCUGUAUUGUCAGGGGUUAUUCCUUUCCUCUUUGUUUCCUUUUAUUUUUUUAUUUUGGCCUGACUUCUUAAAGUGUGUCUCCCCUCUUUCUAUGUAAUUUCAGAACAAUUGGAAGGAUCUGAGAAUGUGUUUAUAGGACACUAAAGUCAGAAAGGAGUUGCUUUCGCUUGCUUUCCAGAACAUUAGCUGUAUUGUUCUGUUGUAUAAAGCUCCCUUGUAUCCUUACUUGAGAGUAACCCUGUCAAACCCAGUGGGGUUUGCUUCUGAGUAGACCUGCAUGGGAUUGAGAGAGCUAACCUCCAGUAGUUUUGAUGACCAGUGGUAGGCAGCCCCUCAACAGAUUGACCCUGAGGAAAUGUGUCCCUUGCACAAAAAAGGCUGUCUGGCCCUGUUUAAAGCUUCAGGCCUCGUAACACACUUUUAAACUUCUGGGUUUCCCCAGUUCAUCUGCAGUCCAUCAGUUAUAUGGUUCAAAACAUGUAUAGUGUGUACAAGUGCCUGGAUUGAGACAUUGCUCCAGUGCUGGCAUAAGAAAAGGAAUAAAACAAAGCCACCCACAGAGAAACUUGUUCUAGGAUCCUUUCCCCACUUGGAGCGUCAAGCAUGCCCCAUAAUCCGAGAAUAUUUUGGGGUGUACAGUAUAGAGCAUGGGUUCCCCAAGGGAGCCCCCAACCUGAUUUCACCCAGCCCUCUUUGGGUUCCAUCAUCUGUUCAACAAAGAGGAGAAAGGGCUUCAGGCUUAUGCAAACUGUACAACUGCAGCUCCUUCCGCUGCAAGAUCAAAGCAGAAGGGGGAAUGUUUCAGCAGAUGUUUUGCAGAUAUGCAAAAGGUAGUCUGUGCAUUUUGCAGUGGCUAUUGCAUGCCUGCCUUUCAAAGUUUUGAGUUUCUAAAUAGCUUUAACUUGGGGCUUGUAGUUUAUCUGUGCAUGAUCUUAUUUGCAUUCUUCUGCAGAGAUUCUUUUUAAUAAAAACAAAAGCAAGCCAAAUGUCAUACACAAAUGAUAGUUGGUGACUUGUUGCUUUCAUCUUUAUCUCACCCUUUCUCCAGUGCACAUAGGUCCACCUUCCCAUUUUAUCCUCACAAAAAUGUCAUGUGGCAGCUAAGACUCAGAAUGUGUGACUGGCCCAAGGUCGCCUAGUAGGAAGAGUCCCUGUUGUCAUGGUGGCUGCCCAAAUGCUCCUGGGAAGCCCACAAGCAGGGCUUGAGCAUAACAGCACCUGCCGCACAUGUUCCCCAGCAACUGGUCUCCAGAUGCAUACUGUCUCUGAUACUGCAGGUAGUGCAUAGCCAGCCACCAUGAUUACUAGUAGCCAUUGAGCUUCACAGCUAGGCAUGGAUUUGAACCAGUCCCUCUCUGGACCAAGUUUACAGUUUACAGCUUUCAGAGUAUCCCUUUCAGAGUAUCUCACCCACCUGCAGUGCACAAUUAUCGCCACAUAAUGGACAUUCAAAAGCCAGUUCUAAUCCCUUUCAGAUCCACACUAACCUUGAACACGCAUCAUUUCCCUUUUUCUCUUUCUGUCCUGUUAAGUUCAGCCCCCAGAUGCAUGGAUAUGUCUGUUAAGUGGUGAGAGUUUAGUCAUUACAUACUACCAGCUUCAUGUAUGUGAGCUUUGCCUUUCCCACACAUUGAUUGAUUAAAUUUGUAUCUUGUCUUUCCUCUGAUGAACCCGGGGCAGUGUUUGUGGGUUUAUUCCCAGCUCUCAUUUUAUCCUCAUGGCAACCCUGUGAGGUAGGUAGGAAUGGGAGAGAAUAUAGAUAAAGUUUGCAUUUAAGGGCUGACCUGCUGAAUUCACACUUUCCGAAAUGCAAGAAUCAAACACAGCCAUCCUUCAAAAUUUGCAGUUCCCUGGAUUCUUCAGUAUAGUUCUACAGCCAAGUAAUAUGUCAAAAAUUGCAAAUAUUAGAGGAAUAUAUACAUAACUGUGAAAAUAGCAUACAAAAAUGCAUAUAUCGGAGAAAAUUGCUUUGCAAAAAUGUGCUUAUUGAACAGAACUGGAUACAAAAACGUGUACAUUAGGAGAAAUUAGCACUACAAUGCUGAUGAAUUUAAAAUAAAAAUUCCAAACUGACAUGGAAGUGUGGAGAACUGAACUUAAGACUGGAAGAAUGAGAAAUGGUUGGAUUCACCCAUCCCUGGUGGUAGGCUUGCUUGAGAAGGUCUCAAUCAACCAGUUUGUUUCAUGACAUAGUGGGGAUUUAUAUGCACGAAAGCUGCCCCAGGUCAUUUGACCCUUUAAAUAUAUACCUAGUUCUCUUUUUCUGUCUUAGAAAAGACUGUACAAGACACUCUGUUUAGAGUUUAAACAUAACACAUUAUUUUACCUGGCAUACUAAAACAUAUUUACAUGCAUUUAUUUAUAUAUCUGGGACUGACAGACUUAUGAGACUUUACAGACUUCUUCUGAGGCACAUAGCAGCAUACAACAAACUCACUAACGCUCUACAGUUGAUAACAGACGUAACUGAAAAAACUGCUUACUGCGGUGACAUCAUAGAAUUCUAUGCUACAUUAACUAUUUCCGUAGCAUUUUAGAUGCACCACUCCCACAUGAACCUGGUUCUUCCAUUUCUUAGUCCACCAUUCUAACCACGAUCACACUGACACACAUCGGCAUGACAAUGUGUUCCUUUUUUUACUCCUGCAGCCGGAGCCUGAGAAGGAAAUCGAGCAGUGUGAAGCGGCCAUCUCCGGCUCCUAGCCUGGGAAGCAACCCUGCUGCCCAUACCACCUCCUAUUAUAGCGAAUCUGUGGUCAGCGAAUCUUACCUGGGAGAUGGCAGGGGACUUUCUGGCAGAAGCAGCGCCCUCUUGGAUGAUCCACUAGACCGCAAUUCUUACUGGAGUGAGUAUUUCUUUUCUGCUUAAGCCGAGGUUGGGGCAUCUGUUGCCCUCCAGAUGUUGGUGGACUCCAACUCCCACCAUUCCUGGGCGUUGGCCAUCCAGGCUAAAGGGAGUUGGAGUCAAACAACAUGGGGGGGGGAAUACCAGUCUCCCACCUAGUAUAAGCUGUAGAGAGGUUCUAUAUGGCUGCUUAGCACCCUCCCCAGCUACUUCUUACUUAUUCUGAAAUAUUUAUAUCUGCUUGCUCUGCAGAUCAUAUGUAUCUUUUUCUGUUAGAAUUAUAUAAUAUUAUGACUGCUCUAUUUAUAUUGAUAAGAAUCAGGGUUGUGGGUUCAAGCCCCACGUUGGGCAAAAGAUUCCUGCAUUCCAGGGAGUUGAACUGUGUGAGCUUUGUGGUCCCUUUGAACUCUACAGUUCUAUGAUUCUAGGUAUACUAAAUGGUUAUGCUGUGAAUUUCAUGGUAUUGUUGUGUGUGGUGUUGUUAGCUUGAAGAACAAAGGCCUUCAAAGUAGGAAAAGAAUUUAAAUACACCAGCCUUCCUCAACCUGGUGCCCUCCAGAUGUUUAGGGCAUCCCAGCAUUCCUGCCCAUUGGCUGCGCUGGCUGAGGCUGCUGGGAGUUGGAGUCCAAAACAUCUGGAGAAGAGCUUGCAUCCGCUUUGCUCUUCCCCAGGUAUUUUAAGUUGUGCAGGAUGGCAGCCAAGCCACAGUUUAGUUGAGGUUUGUGGUUAAGGUUUCUUCUCUUUAAUCACAGCCCGUAGUUGUAGGACAAACCUUGGCUACAGGUUAUAGUUAAGGGAGGUAAUGGCUAAUUUGACAUCUGGUGGGCGUAGCUUGCCCAAAUCUGUCUCAUGGGUCAAAUCAGGAGGUCUAGCAAGCCAGAUUGGGUUCAAGAGCCAUUGGUUCUCCACCCCUGGUGUGGACAAUACUGAGAUUGAUGGUCUGAUCCAGUAUGAUAAUGCAGCUUCCUGUGUUCCUAAAGAAGUUCCUCUUUCCUGGCCAGGUGAGGAGUUGUCAGCGAGGAGGAGGAGAGGUACUGGAGGCUCGGAGUCCAGUAAAAAAAUCAAUGGGCUGGUUGAAAGGAAAACCUACGACACCUACGCCUCAUCAUCUGGUUACUCCUCUGAGGAUGACUAUGCAGGUACAGAAGUGCUCUUUGUCCCAAGGCAGUAGCAAUGAUGCUCUGUAAUGAGAAACCUCCCAGGGGAGAAAACUCCUGUAAAAAAAAUCUUCUUGCACCAAGCCCUGUCCCGCAGCAUAGACUGCUUUGAGGUCUCUUGUGGUGAUAACAGAGAUAACCCUUUCACAACGGGCCCUUUGCCUGUAGUGUCAUCCUAGAUUUGCAGCUCCUCUCACACCCCGGCAAACCUUGGUUCUGGCAUCAGUCUCCCACCCACCCGCUAUUACCUCAUGCUGCAGGAAGGCUGCUCAGUUUCGUAAAAAAAGAAACAAUAAAGUAAGAACGACAUGAAACAUAAUGCAAUAUUCCAGUUACAAUUAAGCGAGCUGCAGCGACAAGAAUUUAGAUGCCCAUACUGGUCUUGUGUUCUAGGGUUCUGUGGGGGUGGGGCAAGACCAGUUGCUAUUUCUGCAGCAGAUCUGCCUCUCCAGCAUCCUAGAGCUGACCAAUCGGCAUGAAAGGGAAGCUUUUUAGCUGCUGUAUGCUAAAGGAACACUGAAGGAACACUGAAAGCACAUUUUUGCUUCAUUUUGAAGAGAAUGGUGUGCAAGUUCUGUUUUUCACAAUGGAACUUCACAGGAACCACAACUUAAGUCACUCCAAAGGAGAGAGCUAUGUGCACAGGAAACAGUAGUUCUAGCUGAAGGGCAGCACAUGGAGGUCUGCGCUGAGAGUUGCAAGGCAUCCCUAAUUUUUAUUACUAUUGUAUAAUCUUAGAAGGUUGUACAAUAUUUGAAGGGGUGAGGCUGUGGGGGGGGCAUGGGUAUGACUAUAAUGAAGGAACCCUGCUCUUCUGAAUUUGCCACUAUGCUACUGGAUGCCCAAGACACCUCACUCCAUAUCAGGGCAAAAAGGUGAGUUUUCACCUGCUGAAAAAAUGACAACAGUGUUGUGAUUGGAUGGGCCUGAGAAGUGAGGUUGUUUCAAAGGUGUGAGGCCAGCACAGGGAAGGCCCACCCAUGUGCCCCCUUCCUCACUAAGUGCAGGGACGAGCACCAAAGCUUCCCUUGCACUUCUUAAAACUCAGGCAGGUUGGUAAAUGCUUUAUCAGUCCCCUCUGUUUCCUUGGACAGGUUUCUUCUGCUUUGGGAACCAAGGAAAUAGAAUCAUAAAGAAAUAGUGUCUUUUCCUUACAGUCAAAGUGUGUGAGGGAGGGAGGAAGAAGUGUUGUCCUGUUUGCUGACAAACCUAUACUCUGUUUCCUUCAGGUCACACCUACUUAGACCAGAACACUUCUGGUUCCGUGCUGAGGAAUGCAAUCUCCAAAGCAGGCUCUUUUCUGUGGCUUGUGCUUACAUCACCAGGUAAAUCUAAAAGCCGAUAAGUGUUUUUAUUUACAGGAGUGAUUUUCAUUAUGCAAGUUAGCAAAUGGAAAUGAAAAGACAGCCUGAGCCCUUCUAUCCCCACUGAGAUCAAACUACUAGUUGUCCAUCAUAUUACAGAGGCCUGGCUGGCCUCAACUACAAAUCAGGCAUUUAGUGUUUCUGGUCCAGUGCUGUGGAACACUCUGCCAGCAGAGAUGCAGCAGACACCCUCCCUUUGGGCUUCCAUACGUCUCUUGAAGAUCUUUUUGUGCCAAUACAAUUACGUGACUAUUUGUGACAAGAGUAGUUAGUGAUAACAUUAUUGUCUUAGCAUUGCUAAGCAAAUUGGCUUCCUGUCACAUCACAAAUGUCUUCUUCGUGCCUAAAGAGCUGGAAUCAAAUCUCUUUAUAUAAUUCAACCCUUUCACAAUGGAGUCUCCUCCUGAAUUUCCUGUAACAGAAGGGCAGUUUUUUAGGACAGCAGUGGGAGCAUAGCAGAAGAUUUAGAUGUUCUGGUUUCUCUGACUGUUGCCAUUUCUGCUGCCAGAUCUGCCUACAUGGCAAGUGAAUAAAGGAAGUUGCAUGCCAAGACCUGUUUCCGAUGAGCUACAUUGGGGAGAUGGGAAGUGCGUGAAGGGAAGCUGGUAUUAUACCACUUUGCCAGAGCAGGAAAUGAAGUCUUAGAUCUUGAAACAAGCUGAACUGUUGACAUGGCCUGUUGCUGUUUUUCAUGCUGCUCUGGUGACUUUGCAGGUCGGGUCUUUGGAUUGCUAUACUGGUGGAUGGGGACCGCGUGGUACCGCCUGACCACUGCAGCCUCCCUGCUGGAUGUCUUCGUCUUAACACGGUCAGUGUGGCAGAGAAUUUGGAACGCUCAGGAAUGUGGCUGGCAGCAAUUUCUGAACUGGUUGAGAGGCAGCAAUUGGGUGGGAGCUGAGUAGUGCAAAUGCCGACAGGGUUUCCAAAGCUUGCCCUAGAGGAGGGAGUGGGAGCCUCUUGCUCUCCAGGAGUUGAUAGACUCUGACUCCCUGAAAAUUGGCCAUGCUGGACUAUUUUUCUUUCUUUUUCUGGUUUGUAUCUGAUGUUUUAACUUUGAUGUGGUUGCAGUGGCGCUACCAUUUUAAUUUUGUUAUUCAGCUUGGAAUGACACUUUAUAGUCUGUGUAUAUACAUUUAUUUAUUUAUUUGUUUAUUUAUUUAAUAAUAAAUAGUGUGUAUGUUGUGUGGUUGGAAUGAUGACUUUGUUAGCUGCCUUGAGCUUCUUUUGAAAAUUAGGGGGGCUAGCCAUUUGAAAAAUAAACAAAAUAAAUAUGUGCAGUCUUUCUAAUGUCAUACAGCCUGCCCCUUAUUUGCUGGAAUGGCCUCUCCCAUGGUUGAUGCUGGACUACAAAUCCUAUCAUCCCUGACUGUCGGCCAUGCUGGCUGGGGCUGAUGGGAGUUUGGAGUCCCAACAGCAUUGGGAGGACGACGACAACAGGUUGGGGACAGGUGAACUAAGGGGUCACCAUAUGCAACCCAGUAUCUGGGGCUGAGAUUGGAGCUACAGGUUGCAAGAGACUUGCAACUGCUGCUGACCAUCUAGCUCUCUUUGGUUCCUCUUCUCACUAAUGGCAACCAUAGCACAAAGUGUUGUGCGAAGAUGUCAUGUUGCAUAUUUCCCCGUCUCCUUUUGCAUUGUGGAGUGGGAAAGCCCACAGCCUGAUGGCUGACACAUUGUGUUGUGGUAGUCCAGAGGUUAGUAAUCUCAGUCUCAGAGAGGGGCAGUGCAAUAAUUACUUGCUACAUGUUGCAUUGUGGUAGACCAGGGGUGGGGGACCACAGGCCUGGGGUCUGAAUGUGCCCCUCUGUGCUUCACUGUGUGGCCCUCAGAGCUCUCCCAGGCCCCACCCCUCACUCUCUCUACUUUGCACCCCGAUACUUGGAUAAUGCCUCUUGCUUCCCUGGAUGGAGGUUAGAGGGGGUUGUGGCAGUACAUAUUUAGAAAUUUAGCACAUUGUACAAAGGUAAAUCUAUUGUUUUCCCUGCUUUUGCCUUUUGCCCUGUCCACCACUGGCAUGUGGGGCCCCCAGAAGGUUGCCCAGAAUGAAAUGUGGCUCUCAGGCUGCAAAAAGAUUUUCCCACCCUAAUGGUAGACAUUAUGAGGAAGGGCAAAUUGACCACAGACAGUGGCUGCUCCGCUUCUUUGUCAAAUUUUGCCUUUGUGGAAUUCCAGUGCAUCUUAUCCACUCCCUUUCUCUCUUGCUCUUUGGUGCCCAGGAGCUAUCCAAUCCUGAAGAAGCUCCUGUUGCUGCUGCUCCUGUUGCUGCUCCUGACUGCCAUUGGCUAUGGUGAGUUCCAUAUUGCUGUCAAGGUCCUCCUGCCCAUCAAUAAGUGCUGCUUAAUGAUUAGUUAUUCACCAACUUCCUUUCAGGAAGGGGAGAACUGUUAGUGUAAUAAGGACUGCUCUGCAGGAUCAGACCACCCACCAUUCCUCCUCCUGAAGCAGCCAACCAGAUGCCUCUGGAAGUUAGCAGAUGGCAGUUAUUAGUCCCUGUGUUUUAUCUGCCUGCAUCUGAACACUGAGGUUCCAAUUUUGCUACCUCUGCUGGUAGUUCUUGUUAGUAAUAUCCUCCAAAAUUCUGUCUGAUCUCUUAAUUUUUUUAAAAUUCCCCUUCUGGGGAGAGGCUGUAGCUCAGUAGGGGUCCACAUGUUUUGCAUUCAGAAGGUCUCAGGUUCAGCCACCGGCAUCUCCAGGACAGGUGGGGGAAGGCCAGAGUUAGGGCUCUCUAGAUGCUACUGAACUAUACCUUCCCCCCAUCCCUGAGCAUUGGCCAUGCUGGCUGGGGCUGGCAAGGAUUGGUUUGCCAUGGGAGGCAGCGUUGAGCUAGAAGAACCAUGACUGCUUCCAAAACUGGUGUCCAUUCCCACAUCUUAUGGUGAAUUCCCCAAAUUAAUUUGUGUGAAGUUCUUCCUUCUGUCCAUCCUGAGCUGACUGUGGUGCCAAUCCGUUUCAUUGAGUGGCCGUAUAUUCUGGUGUUAUGAGGUUGAGUUGUAUAAAUCAGCCUACCCAUGUAAACCCUCAUUUGAAUAUUGGUGUAUACGCUGAAGUUUAUAUUUAACUAGAUUUUUGUAAGUCAGACUGGACAUCUGCUCUGACAGAAUAGCCGGGUAAAGACCCAUCGGAUAAACCCAACUGUAACUGAACUCUCCUCACUAAUCACAUUUAGGUGCCUGGUAUUUUUACCCCUUCGGACUCCACCCAUCUGUGUUUUCUUGGGGAUCUAUGAAGCUGUCUUCUCCUGUUACCAAAAAGGGAGAUGAAGCAAGAGAUUUUGUUGCAUUCUCAGAGGUGAGUACUAUGUGGAUCUCAGAGGUUCAUGAGUAGGAGACACCCUGCAACAUUUCUGCUCACCCCUCAGGCUCAGCUGAGCUAGGGAGUUCCCUCUUUGCUUCACAGGGAUAUAAUUAUAUUCUUGUAAACAUAGGUGGAUUCAUGCAGAGCCAUAUACUUUGCUGUUGGCUGCUUCUGAGCUGUAACCUGGGGUUAAGAUGGUCAUAAAAUUCUAAUGGGAACUAUGGUGGGUGGCGCUGUGGUCUAAACCACUAAGCCUAGGGCUUGCCAACCGGAAGGUCGCAGUUCGAAUCCCCAUGACGGGGUGAGCUCCUGUUGUUUGGUCCUAGCUCCUGCCAACCUAGCAGUUCGAAAGCAUGCCAAAAAAGUGAAAGUAGAUAAAUACCUUCUCUGGCAGGAAGGUAAAUGGUGUUUCCAUGCGCUGCUCUGGUUUCACCAGAAGCAGCUUAGUCAUGCUGGCCACAUGACCCAGAAAAACUGUCUGCGGAUAAACGUCUGUUCCCUCGGCCAGUAAAGUGAGAUGAGCACCACAACCCCAGAGUCGUUAACUGCACUUAACUGUCAGGGGUACUUUAUCUUUUUUAUGGUGGGUUAAGAAUCCAAGGGGUAGCUCAGUCAGUAGAGCAUGAGACUCUUAAUCUCAUGGUUGUGGGUUCAAGCCAAACUUUGGGCAAAAGAUUCCCACAUUGCAGGGGGUUGGAAGAGAUGAUGCUCAUGGUCCCUUCCAACUGUAUGAUUCCAGGAACAAAGAAAGAGCCUUGUUGUAUCUGAAGCCUAGGAUACAUUUAAAGGAAAUAAUUCUGGGAGCUGCAGUUUGUUAGGGGUGCAGAGAGCAUUUUACAUGAUUCAUUUUAGAUUCUUUCUAAUAAAUUAUGGCGAUAGUAGCCUUAUGUAGCUGUAUCUCUCUCUCCCCCCCUGCCCUGGAUUUAAAAGGGACAGCAGCAGGUUUUGUCUCGGCUUCAGGCACUGGAGAGACAUCUUGAGAGCCUGGAAGGUGCAGUUUCAGUGCUGGAACUGCAAAGAGGGGAAAAGACAGUGGAAGGGGCAGCUCUAUCUCAUGACGAUACCCUGUCGCUUCUGGAUGGGCUGGUGAGACGACGAGAAACCAUCUUGAGAGAGGAGUUCCGUGCAGAGUCAGACCUUCACCUCCAGGUAGGGCAGGAACAGAGAAUGAAGGGGACAUUUUGGCAUCAAGGGGGAGAAUUGACUUUAGGGCUGCAAGCAUGUUGACUUGUGCACAUAACUACUUAAUUUCCAGUUUUGAACACUCCUCAAAUUUGGGUAUGAACAGAGCCUGGAUCCCUUUUUUGCAUUCAUGACGAUUUGUGCUCAUGGUAUCAGGGUGGUUAUACACAAUCUCACUUUCUAUGUUGCUUGGGCCAGCAAAAGAUUUGGAGUGAACAUACUACUUUGUUUCCAAUCGGUGCGUGUCCUGUAGCUUCCUGAUGAAACCCUGCAACGCUCUUGCUUCAGGAAACCAUUUAACUUGUCUGCAAUCCUUGUUUUUCAGAGGUUUCUGAGAAAUGGCUCUAGGGCACUCACUCAGGGGCAACCCUGACAUUGACAUUAAACAUGUCUUCCUUCUGCAUGUUGCUCCCUACCCUUGCUUAAAAAUAGCAAUUGCAGUUUGCUCAGUCUUGAUCAGGAUCAUGGGAUGGGAGAAGGGUCAAGCCUUUCCUCUGCACCAUUUUUACACCUAAAAAUGAUCUCCUGAAGCUGCUGUUUGCAGCAAAUAGCAGCAACAUGUGGGAUCUUAAGGGGAGGUUUCUACCAGAACAACAACAUAGAGGGCAAAUGCUUGAAAAAACAGAUUGUUACGCAAUUUAUCUGUAAGUAAUGGCACAAAAAUUACUUGCCGGAGCUUUAAUUGCAGUUUUGCAAUAUGUCAAUAUUUUGGUUCAUUGGUUUGUUUGAUUAACAAAUUCAAAACCAAACUAUUAAUCAGUUAUCAAACUUGUGGUUGUUUUUAAAGCUAUAUACUACUUGUCUCCCUACAGAAGGAGUUGGAUGCUUUUCGAUCCCAGCUACGGAAGGAUUUUGACAGUCUCUUGAAGAAAGUAUCCCAGGCUUCAGAGGUAAAACUUGACUAUAUAUUUUAAGGAUGCAGUGUUUAGGGAAGGCUGUCAUACCACCUGCAUUCAUUUUCAAAGAAUAUUGGCUUGUUGUAGCAUACAAACCAAGGAUCCUGGCUUAAAGCAAUUCCUGGUUGGUUAAACAAGCCAGCUUCAAAAACCGUGGUUUGAAGCUUCUUGGUGGUUUCUUGUGACAUUCACCAGAGUUUGGUGUAAGCCAAGAAUCCUUGCUCAUACAACACUACAAGAUGACAUUUCUUUGAAAUUGAAAUUACUCUGCAGAAUAACAUAGGAAGCUGCCCGUACCAAGUCAGACAGUUGCCCAAUCUAGCUCAGUGCUGUCAACACUAGCAGUAGCUCUCCAGAGUUUCAGACAAGGGGUCUCUUCCAUCCCUAUUGGGGGAUGAUAGAGACUGAAGCUGGGAUCCUCUUCAUGCUAAGCAGCUGCUCUGUGUCUGAGCUGUGGUCCUUCCCAGAAGUCGUCCUCCUGACUGCACAGGAGGAGGAAGUGCCUGAACCUGUGCUUGAACUUCCUGGAACUUUUUCAUGUUGCACUAAACCAUGGUUUCUUGUUACAUGUAGCUGAAACCACUGUCUUAGCAGCUCUUGUAGUUGUAAUGUGGUUUUCCCAUUUUUAAUCCAAAUAGAAUAUUUACAGUUUUCACUUUUGAGUAAAAUAUGUAUAACAUUUACUUUGAUUAUUUCAAUUCUGUUUCACUGCAUCUUGAAACAUUACUAGGUGUGAUGCCGCUGAUCUUAAGCACAUCUCCCACUAAUUUAAGGGGGGGGAGGUUUAAGCACGUGCUUAGCGCUAUUUAAUUAAAUGAGACAUGCAAGCCAAACUUCUAGGGGGGGGGGCCCUAACUCAGUGGGGGAGCAUGAAGUCAGCUGAUGGGCAGAAGGACAAGGCUUAGUCCUGCAUUGGCUGUACAUCCUGUUCUCUCCAGAGGCUGAAACAGAAGUGCAGGCGGUGAGGAAGGUCUGUCUUGAAGCACUUUGCAAAAGCAGUCUUUGAAGCAGCCUCUUGCUUCUCCCCUAUGUAGCCGGUGGUGAGUUGGAGAGAGGAGGCUCCUUUCUGCUCUAUCCUACUGCCUGCCUGCUCACUCACUCAAAUGAGAAGCAUGGCGCUUCUUCAAAGAGCACUUUUGCAGAUGGCUUUAACCCCUGCUCACCUACUGAGAAGUGGAAAAAGAAGUAGUGAAUGGUCCAAAUUCUGUUAUGAUUCAUCCAUCCAUCCCUUGCUGUUGCGUGUUGUGCUCCUCCAGUUCUAGAUACACACACGGUGCUGCACAAGCAAUGGAUUUUAUUCUGCUUUGUUUCUAUUUCCUGACCUGUGUCCUGUUUCUCCCACAGGAGACAGAAACUCGGAUGCUCCAAAUGACUUCACAGUGGCAAAGGUAAUUUGAGCAUCCUCAAGAAAGAGUUGUCUGCUAUGGCAGUUUCUGUCUUACAAUAGCAGGAGGGCCGGGAAUGCAUGUAACCUGAGAGAAUUGUGUUUAAAGUGACAUUGUUCUUAACUUGAAAGUGAAACUUACGUAUUCUUGGAAUAACAGGGUGCAUGAAUAACCUGAGAAUUUCUGUCAAUGCUGUUCAUACAAUUUAUCACCUUUUAAGUAGUGAUGCUGACAUAUAAUGAGCUGGUAAGAUGCAUGUUCAGUGCUUGUAAUACUUGCUUAUAUUACAAGUCAAACCUGAUUGUUUGGCCCAGAAACCUGUAAUUAGUGGCUGAAAUAUGGUUUUAGGAGAUUGGAGGGGGGGUUGCACAUCAUUGUUUUUAAUUCAUUUGCAGUUUGCACCAUUGUGCUUUUAAGAAAGUGCUUUUUCUUAAGUCCUGUUGCAGUAAAAGAUCAAGUAGGAACUAUGUGCUAUUUUUUGAUGGCAAGUACUUAUAAAGAGGCAUAGUCACUUGCUGCCCUAUUACCUACAUUCAGAACAUCUUACCUAUUCAUUUGAUUUUUUCUAUCCCUCUCUGCAGCCACAGUCUCACAAAGAGACACCCAGGAGCUCAACAGCAAACAAGACAUAUUGGAAAUCAGAGCAGAUCCACACCAUUUAAAUCACAUUCACACACAUUUAAAGCACAACUUUCUCCAAAAGUCCAAAAGUUUCACCACCUUGUAGAGCUACAGUUCGCAGCACCCUUAAGCUACAGUUCCCAGGCUUCUUUGAUGAAAUGCAUGUGCUUUAAAUAUACAUUGAAUGUGCUUUAAAUGUAUGGUGUGGUACAUAGCUUGGAUUAGGCUGUCUGGUAUGGGUUAAUUUUCAUGGGGUGGCUGUUGACUGAUCUUCACAGCCAAACAUAGUUUUUGUAGAACAUUUUUAGUGGAGGUAAUUAAAGAUACCACCGACUCUGAAGCACCUGAAUUUUCAUUUUGCUUUUGAAGCUCUACACAAGAAGGUCUGAUGGGUAAUUUCCAAAAGGAGAUGGAAAGGCUGGAAGCGCAACUGACAGGCCUAAAAAAAGAAUUCGUGGUCUUGGCCUCGGAUCAGAAAAGGUUGUCAAAACACGUGGAUUCUUUGCCAGGACAGAUCAAGGACAUGCGGGAAGAUGUAAGUUCAUUUUCUUUUAUAUAUCAUUUAUUUAACACCUUUCCUCCAGCUCAGGCUGAUAUACAUGGUUUCUCAUCUCUGCAUUUUAAGUCUUGCAAUAAACCUGUUAUUCCAGUCCAAGGUCUCCCAGUGACCUUCAUAGCUAAGCCUUUCUUGGAAAGCUUUUAUUUCUAGUGUAGUACAGCCAGGGAACUGGAGGUCUGCUCCUUUCUAUGUAGGAAUAGACAUGAACCAGGCAUGGAGAGCCUCAGGGCCAAAUUAAGUCUGUCGGACGUCCUAAUUUUUCCUGCAAGGCUGUUUUCCCCAAACCACACUUAAUCUCCCCUGACAUCUGAGGUGUGUCAUAUGUGUGGCAGGUAAGAACAUGGCUGCAAAGGAACAGUCUGGAGAUUAAAGUGCAUUACUGAUGGGCGAUGAUAUAAAUAAAUUUAUUUAUAUUUUAUUGAUAUUAUUAUAGUAAAUUAAAGUAAAUAAACAAUUAAAAAAGAAUAGAAAAAGGAGAGGAUACAUCAGAAACAUUUUUAAAAGCAGAGGAAAGCAGCAGAAACAAAAUAAGCAUACAAUAUAAUUAAGAUUACAAAACUAUAUAAGCUUAUUGUUUCCCUCAAGUAUAUGUUGAUUCAUGUGUCACUAUGGUUUCGACAAAUGCAUUCCAAAUAUUUAUUAAAUUUGUCGCCUGUUGUCACAAUGACAUCAGGUAAAUGACAGGUAGGCAGCCCCACAUAUCUGACAAAGUGGCCUGCAAGGGGUGGGAAAGGUCAGUGUCCAGCCCACGGAUCAGCAAAAUGUCAAAAUUAAAAGAUGUCAAAAGAUGAAAAGCUACAAACAUUUUUGUUAAGUAUCUCUGCCCCACCCAUCAUGCCCCUUAGAUCAAAUCUUCCAAGGUGGAAGCACUGCUGUUGCUGUUAUUUAACAAAUGUAUACCCCUCUUUCCUCCCAAGGGAGCCCAGGGCAGCUGUUGCUUGUUCUCAGUAAUCUAUUUACGUUCUCUCCAUAGAAGGUCUGCAAUUCACAGGAGGAAAAGUGUUUAUGAAACCUGUUCUUCUCUUUGUUGGAUUUCAGGUGGAAAUACAGUUUCCAAUGUGGCUCAGCCGAUUCCUAUCCCAGGCUAAAAGGGACGGGACAGGCAGUCUGUUUCUCCAUCGUGAAGAAUUAGAGGAACAGCUCCUCAACCUGGAGCAGAAGAUCCUUGCCAAAGUCUCUGAGGACCAGCGGCUCUCUGCGCGAGAUGUCGGGGUGGUACUCCAAAGGGAGGGCGUCAUAGGAGUAACGGAAGAGGUGAGAAUUCGCUUACCAAUUGGCUGAUGUGGUUCCUCACAAAGGCAUUUCCAAGAAUGAUGCUAAGAUGGUGAUGUAGAAUGUUACUUUUGUGUGUGUGUAUUUAGAGGUCUGGAAUGUGAAAGUAAUAUUGAGGAGCAACAAUGAAAAGGGUACCUCACCCCCACUAAAUUUGGCUGAAGAAAUGAAGAAAGCUUUGUGGGAAACUAGGAGUGAAUUUUUGUCCUAGACUGAACACGUGCUCAGUGGCAUCCUGUUCUUAAUUCUCAGUCUGUGAGAAUUAAUAGCUAACGCUAUUCCAGGCUACAUCAACAGAAGUAUAGUGUCCAGAUCAAGGGAAGUUCUAGUACUAUUCUGCCUUGAUCAGACCACACCUGGAAUACUGUGUCCAAUUCUGGGCACCACAAUUUAAGUAGGAUGUUGACAAGCUGGAAGGUGUGCAGAGGAGGGCAACCAAGAUGAUCAAGGGUCUGGAAACAAAGCCUUAUGAGGAGUGGUUGAAGGAGCUGUGUAUGUUUACCUUGGAAAAGAAGAGACUGAGAGGAGAUACAAUAGCCACCUUCAAAUAUCUCAAGGGCUGUCACAUGGAAGAGGGAACAAGCUUGUUUUCUCCUGCUCUGGAGGGUAGGACUCAAACCAAUGGCUUAAAGUUACAAGAAAGGAGAAUCCAACUAAACGUACAGAAAAACUUUCUAACAGUGAGAGCUAUUCGACAGUGGAAUGGUCUCCUUCAGAAGGUGGUGGACUCUUCUUCCUUGGAGGUUUUUAAGCAGAGGUUGGAUGGCCAAUUGUCAUGGAUGCUUUAGUUGAGAUUCCUGCAUUGCCGGGAGCUGGACUUGAUGUCCCUUGGGAUCUGUUCCAGCUCUACGAUUGAUUCUAUACCUUUGACAACAGUGCAAGCGAUAUUUUGAGUGGCAUAUCAGCAGCCAUCCAUUAGGUGGCACCCUCAGCCAUCCCUUUGCUCCCUGACACAGUAAUAACUCUUAACUUUGCUAAUAUAUUUGCCUGCUGGAUAUUAAGCCUCAACUCUUAUCCUAGGCAGUAUCGUUUAUUGGCAAAAUAGUGAUCAGCUCUGCAGGGUUUGACAGUUCCUUAUUUUUCAGGAUGUCACUAACAAUGUAGUGUGUAAGGCAGGAAGGAAUGGUUAAGUCACAAUUUAUGGGUAAUAUGCAACUAAGUUCACUCAGAAUAGACCCACUGAAACUAAUAAAUAUGACUUAAGUUGUGUCCAUUAAUUUCAGUGGGUCUACUCACUGAAAUUAAUGACACUAACUUUUAAUAUCACCCUAUGCCUCUUCAACCGAGUAAAAAUGUGGCAUGAUGUUCCCAGGCAAAUUUUUGGCACAGCAGUCCCACCAGUCCAUACAGUGCAGGUCUCAUGUCUUAGUGGUCUGUUGAUGCACCACUGAUAUGCAACCGGUCUCAGGAUUUGCACCAGCAGAGCUAUACCUUAAUUCCUCAGGUAGCCUUGCCAUUUGCACGGUUUACCUCUAGCCUAACAGAAUAGAACAAAACUGGAAAAUAAGUUUUGGAAUCCUGAGUUCCCGCCUUACAUUCAUUCCCUUUGUCUUGUUUCAGCAAGUUCACCACAUUGUCAACCGGGCCCUGAAGCGCUACAGCGACGAUCGCAUUGGAAUGGUUGAUUAUGCUCUUGAAUCUGCAGGUAUGCAAACUCUGGCUAGGCUGGUCUUUCUGUCCUGAUAGCUGUCAAGAAAGGUGGCCCGUGAGCUAGAAUUGGCAUGUUGUUGAUUACUGGUCAAACUGCUGCACGAAGGAAUUGUCUGAGAAUAUUCUAUUUCACAUUAAAAACAACAACAACAACAAUCAUGCUUCUUGCCCUCAUGGUGGCAAAGAAUAACCCAAAACUUUGUUGCCAGUUUCUGUUAUUAACUGAAAAACCAGAAAGGUUUUUCUGCAUAUCCACACCUAUUUGUUUCUCAAAUUUCAGCAAUUUUUGUCUCUUCAGUCUCUCCCACAAGAUUCAGCUUCUGCCCUCUCCCAAGAAAAGUCCCUAAACCCCGAAUUGCCCAUUCAGAAUAAUGCAUGCAAAUAUGCACUGAAUAACCCAGUUGCAGUUUGGGAAUAUCUUAUUGUUGGAGUGGGGAAUGUUAAAGGGAGUGUUCAAAUCUCUUAGAUUUAUCAGCUGUCUGCAUGAGCUCUCUUACUGCUUUGAGCAGAGGGCAAAACAAUGUGUCUCUCCUUCACCCAUAUCUUUUUAACUGCAGGGGCCAGCGUUAUCAGCACCCGGUGCUCAGAAACAUAUGAGACCAAGACUGCAUUGCUUAGUCUCUUUGGGAUCCCCCUGUGGUACCACUCCCAGUCUCCACGAGUCAUUCUGCAGGUAGGAAGGUUUUCUUAAAGGUACAAUGGCCCUGCCCUACCUUUUCUUCGUUAUCCAAUUCUCCCCGAAGUGUCUGGUUCAAAUCCACAAUACCUCACCCAGCAGAUUACCUUUUUAUUUAGACAUUCAUCCUAGAAGGUUGGUGUGUAUUGACAAUAUCCACAACUACUCUAUAAAGUAAGCUGGGACAGAGAGUGUGUGUGACUGGCCCAGUAAACUUCAUAUGCAAGUAGGUAUCAAUAUAGCGGUCUCAAAUGUUGAGCUGGAGAAAAUAUGCUGUGUGUGCUAUUACAUGCUCAGACAAAGAGUAUCAAGCCUUUGCAUAAACUCCCCACUAGACAGAAUCUGGAACCUGGCAGUUUACCUUCCUGAGAAACUCUUGCUUUUUGCCUUGGGUUCUUUUGCAACUAUUGCCCCGGUGUGUGGUCUGAAGGCACCUUGCUAAAGCUAAGCAGAUCUGGCUCUGAUCUAUACCUGGAUGGCUGUCUGCCCAGAAACUACAUGUAUGGCACUUUGGGUUCCAAGAUGGAAGGAAAGCAGGAUAUUGAUGUAAAAAAUUAAACAGAACUGUGGCAGUAAAAAUAAAACCACCUUGUAGGAAGCAGAGAGUUAGUGAGUGCAGUAAGGAACAGGGGUCCACAUGACUUCAUCACAAGGAUGCGCCAUAUUCUACAUUAUAAGGGGAAGAGAGAAAGCACGUGACAGAACUGAUUGCCAUAUUCAGCCGCAUUCCCGUGUCAAUUACAGCAUGUCUUUCCACCUUGAACUCCUUGGAAAUGAAGGCGAAAUGUAUAUUACAGAUGGAGCAAUCUGCUCCCUGACCUGCAUGGAAUUCCUAGUCACCUGCCAGGUGAUUUGUUAAAUACUUAUUAACAAAUGUUUAAAAGUCCCUUUGCCCUGUUUUAUAUGGAAUACGAUAACAGUACCACAAGGUGCCAAGGGCUGUGUUAAAUUUGUGUACAAGUACCAACCCAGAGAUCAUUGUUUUUUCCCUCUUGGUCUUUGCAUAUUGGAGCAUCAUCUCUGCUUUCAGAAUGGUUAAGUCUAACAUAUGGCAGUCUCUUACCUAAAACUCUGUGUGUUUGAUUUAAUUUCAGCCAGAUGUCCACCCUGGGAACUGCUGGGCAUUCCAAGGCUCCCAAGGCUUUGCUGUCAUUCGCCUUUCGAGCAACAUCCGUCCCACAGCUGUGACGCUAGAACACAUCUCCAAAGCCCUCUCUCCCAAAGGGACCAUUCCCAGCGCCCCCAAGGACUUUGCGGUCUAUGUAAGUCACUCUUUGUUUGGGACUGGGGGGGGGGGAGAUGUCGUAGAUUGGGCAAGCUUGAAAGAGGCACACUGGAGAUAAUUUCCCAUUCUCAGUCAGAAGAGGGAAGCUUCUCCCACAAUUUGCUAGCAGGGGUUCCAAUAGCAUCCAGGGCUUUUCCACCAGAAGAGUUUUCUCAGAUUUCUCUCUCUCUCUCUCUCAAAAGUACAGCAAGAUGCCCUUCAUAAAUUUGCCCAACUGGGUCAUCAGAUGCACAGCUAUUUAAGGCCCCAUCUGCACAAUAUACAUUUAAACCAAUAUUAUUCCACUUUACACAGUCAUGGCUUCCCCCCAAAGACUCCUGGGAACUGUAGUUUGUGAAGUGUGCUGAGAGGAGGCCCCUACUAACCUUACAGAGCUACUGUUGACAGAUUUCCCUGGGAAAAGGGACUGAUUGUUGCUCAGCAUCUUUAGCAAACGGUACUUCCCAGUAAGCUUCAUGGCCUGGGGGAUUUGAACCCUGGUUUCCCACGUCCUAGUCUGACACUACACCACACUGGCUCUCAGUUCAAUCAUAUACAUCAGCUUUCACCCACCUGGUGUCCUCCAAGUGUUUUGGACCACAACUGCCGUCAGUUGUGCUGGCUGAGGCUGAUGGGAGUAGUAGUCCAAAGAGCCCCAUGUUGGCCAAGGCUGAUGUGCAGUGUGAAUACAGAUGCACCAGGCAACCCAAGAGUCUGGGGUGAAAGGAGCCAUUUGUUAGAAACCUUGGGAUCAUUAAUGAUGAAGUUUGGGUUGGUACAACCAAGACUGAAGGUAUGAUGCACACUGAUGUUAGUCUUUGUCCAACUUAUUACACUGCUGCAGCUUCCCCACCUCCCUAAGAAUCCUGGGAACUGUAGUAUGAAUGUCUUGAAAUUUCAUUUGGAGCCCGAGAACCAUCCUGCAGAACUGCAAUUCCCAGGGUAUUCAAGAGGGAAAGAAUGAAUUGAGACAGUAUAAGGCACUGCAUUCACAUCACUCUUUUACAGCACAUGGCUUUUCUCAAAAAUCCUGGGGAUCGUAGUUACCCCACUCUCAGCACCCUUAACAAAUGACGGGUCCCAGGUGUGAGAUUCCAAAAUUGCACCUCUCUUUGGGAAAGGAGGAAGAGGCAUUGACGUUCAUAACUACCAUCAGCCUUCUUUCCCCAUCCCUCUACUGCUCCCGUUUGUCCCUUACCUCCUCAUAGCCCUGUGUGUUUCAUUUUGGCAUGCAGCCACAAGACUGGCCUUUAACCGCACUUGUGUCCCUCCCCCCUCUCUAAUCCUGCGGUUGCUCUGAUCUCCCCACGGCCCUCCCCUCCCCAUUCUCUCACCCCCCUCCCGCCUCCCCAACCUGUUUUUGUUUCCACAGGGCUUAACAGAAGAAGGGCAGCAAGAGGGCACUCUCCUUGGCCAGUUCACGUACAGCCAGGAUGGGGAUCCCAUCCAAACAUUCCACUUGCAGGUAAGGAAGGAAAAGGGGCAAGGUUUGAAGGGUGGUGGUGGGUCGAAACCCUAGCCAAGGUAGAACUGGAGAGUGUGGUAGCUUUUAGGAAGCUACCUCAGACUGAAUCAGGUGACUUGGUCCAUCUAGUUCAGUAUUGUCUACACUGAUGGGCAGCUGGUCUCCAGGGUUUUAGGUAGGGCAGGGGCCCUCUCUCAGCCCUACCUGAAGAUGCCAGAGAUUGAGCCUGGGACCUCAUGCAUGCAAAUGCUCUAACUCUUUGGGGAAAGGGAAGCUUUGGUUGGGUUUUAAGCCAGGGAUGGAGAAGCUGCAGCCCUCCAGUUGCUGCUGAACUCCAACUCCUAUCAGCUGCUGCAUCAGGAAGGCCAGUGGGCAGGGAUGGUUGGAGUUCUAGUCCAGCAGGACAAACCCCCCCCCAAAAAAAUAUUGUAUAAAAUUAUGUAUAAAAAGUUACAGGAUAUUAGUAGGAAGCAAUGCAACAUGUGCUGGUUAGAAAUGAAGCAGUAGAAUAGGAUCAGCAUUACACUAGCCAUAGUUGUAUGUGUAACAAAUAGGAUCAAGAGGGACUUCAUUUUUGUACCUCAAGUCAUCAUAGGACUCUUGUUUGUUAUUUAAAUUGAAUAAAUUGUAUUGCAGCACAUGCCUAAUAUUUGGUGAUGCUAGGCGUGGAGUAGUCAGAUAAAUAUUACCUGUGGUGGCGGCAGGAAUAAAGUGGGGUUAUUGCAAUACACAUCAACAGCUCAGCUCAGGGCUGUACAUCUUGUUAAGAGUGGGAAGGUGGUACCUGGGAUUGUGAGCAGUGCCAGAGCAUCUCACAGAAGAGGGUGGUGGUAGAGGCGGUGGCAUGGCAGCCCUCUGUCUCCAAAGAAACAAGCUUGAUGCUUCUCUGGCCCUCAAUAUUUCGCCUUUCUCUCUUCCCUUUCCCCUCCCUGCUUCCCCUUUUUUCACAUCCUCAGGAUGAAGGCAGGAUUGCAGCUUUCCAGCUUAUUGAGCUUAGAGUUCUCAGCAACUGGGGCCACCCAGAGUACACCUGUAUUUACCGUUUCCGCGUGCAUGGGGAGCCGGUCCCUUAACCCCUCCUGCAUGCUGCAGCCUUGCUCACUGGCUACCUCAAGUUCUGCACCUCAGACUGACAAAAGGCAGACGGAGAAAAGCAGUGUUGGAAAGGAGAGCAACUUGGGAUGAGUGACGCUUCUUUUUGUUACGAGGGGAAGCAUGGAGACUUCAAAAUUCCUAUCCUGGUCAAUUGGUUCUCUCCUGAGGGCAGGGGUGGGGGUACCUUUCAGUAUGCAGAGGGAGAAAGAGGGCUUCUUGACUUUUGGUAUUUUAUAUUCAGCUUUUUGGAAAAAAACAAAAGCCUAUGCAGUUCAUCUCUUCCCCCUCCACCAUCAAGGAAAAAUAGUUUCUGGGUGUUCCUUUAGAAAGCUGUGCCAUGAUACUGUCAUAGUUCUAUCAGUGUUUAUGUAAUUAUAUUAUAUUUGAGGGGGGGAGUGUAUCUAUGGAUUCUUUCUUUGAUAAGGGUAGUAGGAGACCCUAUGCUGUUGUUUUUCCCUUUCCUGGGUUGGGAAGGUUUAAUUUUUCGUUUAUCACACUGUAAAAAGUGGUUUGGCGUUGGCUGCAAAAGGAGCCUGUGCAGUAGAAAAAGACAGAGGGGGAAAUUGAUGUUUAUUUAAAUGAGAGGCUGCAAUCCUAACCAAGCUUACUAGCAAGUAAGCCCCAUUUUGCUUAGUGGGAAUUACUUCAGCGUGAACAUGCAUGGGCUUGCCCUGUCAGGUUAAGUAUUUAACAACAAAGGCUGCCGUGUUGAAAGAUGGGAGAAGAGUCUACUUUACAGUGCUCAGAGUUGGUUUUCUAAUGGAACUGCUUAGCUCUGCUAGUAUGUAUCACUGUUGGAACUCAUUCCCAUUCUACAACACGUAAUUUUCUAGAGAGAAUGAAUAUUGUCUGGCCAGCACGGUCGUGCUUGCUUAGCCUAACUCCCAGGUGUGGCAGGGCUGCUUGUUAAGUGGCAAGGGAAAGCAUUCUGUACAUGUUCAGAGACACCCAUUGUCUCAGAGAAUGUGCCCCAAUCUUGAAAUAGAGCUUACAGGGCCUUGAUGAGCCCUGCUUCAAAUAAACUUCAUUUUCUUCCAUUGUAAAGCAAACAAGGGGUGCUUGGCUCUUGUUCUGCAGGUUUUAACUCACAUGCUGCUGCAAUGCCCAGUGGGUUAAUAUGGUCAAAAAGGGCGAGGAAAAUCUUUCCACGUUUCUGCACCUGAUCCCCACGUGCAGUAAGACAAGGUAGUAUAAGCAGCUCAAGUUCUGAGAUGGUACAAUGGACAGCCUUGCAUUUUCCCGUCCAUAUUGUUAGUAGAAAACUAGCAGAGGAAUAAAGGUGGGAUUUCUCUCCCUGCUAUGCCAGUUUUUAUUUUAAUUUGCAAAGGGUAUUUUAAAAAAUGGCAUACAUACCCAUCUUUACUCUGAAGUGGAACGUUCUAUGUGAUUGCCUCAUUCUACUGCAAUAUAUAGACUAGCCCAUACAGGAAAUCUCAUGACUACUUGGGUAAAGUAAUAGAGGUCAGAAUUUGUUACAUUUGCUUAACAUUAAUAUUGCUGACUAGUUAUUUAUAGUAAAUAGUUAUCUGUAGUUGCCAGCAGUAACAGUUGUACUCUGGAGGGACAGCCUUCCUGGUAUGGAUACAGUAUCUCAUAAAAUAGUGCCUUCAUCUAGGCUUUUACCAAACUUCAGGCUGAAAACACAUGGGCAGAGUGCUGAGUAAUGAAAAUUUCUAAACUGAAAUUAAUGUAGGAGCAAUCAGGGUUUCUUUCCUACCUGCCUUUUAUUUUCAGGGCAAGCUGGCUGUGCGGAGUUCCGAUAAGCUAGUACUUAACAUAAGCAGGAAGCUGUGUCCUUCCCACCUCCCUUCCAGCUAUCUGUGGAGAGUGCUGAUUGCCACAACAGCUGGCCCAUCACUUUUCAUUUGGGCCUGGCCAUAGCAAUAAUGUCCAUUUAAGGAUGGCACCAAAUAAACAUUUAGAAAUAUAAGACAUAAAGGCAAUUGGGGAACUGGCAAAAGCUAAGUUGUGCCCGAAAAGGGGAGCGAGAAGCUGCAAAAAUUCAUACUGGCCGCAGAUUUGUAUGUCAGUGGAGAAGUCAGUGUGGCAGGAGGAAAAACGGGGUUUGUCCCAUAGCAGAAAAACCCAAUCUCACUCCUGGAGGGAGAAGCAUUUGUCUUCAUCCUAAAUCCCAAGAGGAGUGGGCUAAUGCUGUGUUCAGCUUGAGCAGUUCCCCAAGCUAUAUAAAAUACAGGUGGUUUCUCAACUAUAUCGAAGGGCCAAGUAGACUCUGAGUAAAUAUGAUCAAGGGCACAGUUGCACACCUUUUGAGGAUGCUAUGAUAGGAAAGUGGCAUUAGUUAUGUGUAGAAGCCACUUUGGCAGUACAUAAAUUAAUUAUAUAAUGACACACAUCAAGUAGAUAAGGGGUUGAACAGAAGACAAGCUUCUGUGCGAUUCUAAGAAACAGAACAUAUCCAUAAGGAAAUAACAGUAUUAUGUGGGUCUCACAGCUUCAGUGUUAAAAAAGUCAUAAGGAUUGAUGAAGGUAGCUCAAAUGACAAGAGGGCAGCUUUUCUGUUUUAAACCUGAAACCAUGAGUGGUAGUGAGAUUUAGCAUACACUCACCUCCACCCCAACAACAGCUUUUGCCUGGAUGCUUCUGGUAACACAUAAUCCUGAUUAGUUAGCAAUGCUAGGCCCUUUAGUUAUAAACACAUAUCUAUCUAUCUAUGCAUUCUUGCUAAGCUACUGUGGAAGUACAUCAACACAGUUUAUCUGCUAAGCAUUUCACAGCUUCCCCAGUCUGGUGCUGUUAGCUGCUCCAGCUAACACAGCCAUGCGGUUUGCAGGAUCAGUUAAGAUGACCUGCACUAUUAGAAGAGGCACAUCAUUCUAUCAGGGUCCAGUGAUAACUGCUAUGCUCUUUGGUCUAUAGCAGAAUCCUUGUGAAGUGUUUUGAUGCCCUUGCAUGCAACAAGAGAAUAAAGGCCAGUUCCAACAGUUUUUUCCUAGAAAGCAAGUAGAAGGACCACAUGGUCAAAAGCAACUCUUGCUUUGUAUCAGACAGGAAUUACAUAAUCUGACAUGCAAACAUAGCAGCAUUCUGGAAGGCGUGUGUGUGCGGUUUGCAUUACAAAAAUACAUUGGCCAGGUUUCCCUGCUUUUUUCAUCUGAAAUACAGAAUAAGGGCUAGGAAAAAACCAGGCUGUUACAGGAGGGUGGAUUGCGGUUAAACCUUAGGAGAAACUUCUUUAAAGGUAAGAGCAAUCUGACAGUGGAAACAAUUGCCUUGAGGGGUGCUGGGCUUUUGCUUACUGGAUGAGCAGAUAGCUACUUGCUGGGAGUGAUACAGCUCCAGAUUCUCUGCAGUGAUGGGGCAAUGUUGGGCGAGGUAGCCUGAAGGACCCCAGCUGAUUUUGAAAUUAGGCAAUUUAGAGGCUUGCUUCAGCUCACCAUGCUUGGUAGGCAACCUGUUGUGCUUCUACAAAGCACUAGGUCAACUUUUGGGGUGGGGGUGGGGAAUGUCUAAUAAAAACUUGUGUUUUUUGUAGGCAAAAGAAAAUAUAGGUCUUACUCUUCUCUUUGUACUGUCCAAAAGAUGGGGGGUGUAAUAAGCACUGAUUAUUACCUGUUCUCUACUCCUUAUAAAAGAGGUUGAUGGCUAGGUUGUACUUGGGAGAGAAGUCUGUUUAGGGGUGUAUAAAUCCUAUGUUGAUCAUUGUGGGGUAGUUUCCCGCAGCUGGGCUCCAUACAAUAAUUUAUGUGGAUAGGCUUCUCUGCUCUGUUAGUUGCAUGGAAAGAAAAGAUGUGUUUAACAGACCCUAAGUGCAACAAAGUGAUUAAAAAUCUAGAGUGACCAAAUGAACAUUCAGUGAGCUUACGAAUGAAUGCGUUUGGAAAAGCAUGAAACUUUCCUGGUCCUAGGGUCUACUCAAAGCCACAUCAAGCAAAGAGUCAACAGUUAAAGAAUGCUGGUGAGUCAUGCACAUAAUGGCUUCAUGACAACUGUAGGCAUUUCAUGCUUGUGUCAGCUCCCUGACCAGUAGCAAGGUGCUCAUAUGGCAUUUGCAAGGCGACAGCAAGUAGGAGGCACCUUCCAAAGCAUGACUUCUCUGCCCGCUCCCUGUACUUUUGACCUGGCCUGUUGUACUCUGUAAAGCACCAUGCACACUGAUGGUGCUGUAUUAAUAAUAAUGCUUCUCCUAUGAAAACAGUUAUGUACAAAGUGUGCUUGGAUUUGUAUCUAAGACUGUAUGUAGCCUGUUGCAAAUGCUGCACUGUUCCGUUCCUUAUUUUCUAUCUCUGGAUUGUAAUUUAUGCCUAUGCAAAAGAAACUCAAGACAAUAAACAAUUUUUUUAAAAAGGGUGAAGCUGACCAUUGGUGAAGAGGGGACACUUUUUGGCCAGGGUGAAGGCUAGAAGCAUUAGCGGGAAGAGACUAUGCAGUAAAUAAGUUGCAUUGGCGCUGCUGUCACUGUCGUCCACAUUUCUGUUCCUUCUGCCUGAGGUUUUUCUUUAGUCCACUGCUUUCCCCGGGAAAACCCACUGUUUGAUGCUUGUUCCAAUUCAGCAGUAAUCUGCAGAAAACUUGAUUGACAUUUGUUCCAAUUCAGUGAUACACAGCAGGUUUUCCCAGG